CAAAGGCAUUUAGAAAAAAAAAAAAAAAGUAUGGGGUGGUUUGUGUUUGUUGUCCUGAGUUUGUUGGUUUCUGAUUUUCCUUCAUGCACGUCUUCAUUGGUGCCCUUAUGCAACCAUGAUGAAGCCUCUGCCUUACUUAACUUCAAGACCUCCUUCAGUCUCGAUAGCUGGUGUGGAUAUGGUGGUUAUUAUCCAAAGACAGAAUCUUGGAAAAAAGGUACUGAUUGGUGUUUGUGGGAUGGGGUGAGUUGUGACAAAAACUCAGGCCGCGUCACUGGUUUAGACCUCAGCAGCAGUUGCCUUCAAGGUCCAUUUCAUCCCAACAACACUCUCUUCAAACUCUCUCACCUUCAAAAACUCAACCUUGCUUUCAAUUACUUUUCCGGUUCUCCAAUGCCUUCUGGGUUUGGUCAUCUUAUCGCUCUUACUCAUCUCAACCUAUCUGAUGUUGGAUUUAGUGGUGUCAUUCCUUCCAAAAUAUCUCACCUCUCAAAAUUAGUUUCACUUGAUCUCUCAAAGUUACAAGAUAUGAGAGUUGAACCAGCAACCCUUGAAAAGCUCAUUGUAAAUGCAACUCAUUUAAGGGAGCUCACUCUUGAUGGCCUAGAUAUGUCUUUGAUUAAACCCCGUUCUCUGUCUUUGUUGCUUAAUUUUUCAUCCUCCUUGGUCUCUCUUGCACUUGGAGAUUCCAAUUUGCAAGGGAAGUUAGCAAAUAACAUAUUCUGUUUACCCAAUCUUCAACAACUUGAUCUGUCGGAGAAUGGGAAGUUGGAAGGUGAGCUUCCACAAUAUAAUUGCAGCACUCCUCUUAGAUACUUGGAUCUCACUUCAACUUCUUUGUCGGGAAAUAUUCGGAUUUUAUCUAAUCUUACGCAACUAAAAUACCUGGCCCUUGCUUAUAACGAAUUCAGUGGCGAGAUUCCAUUAUCACUUUCAAAACAUCUCACUUAUAUUUAUCUUUCAUACAAUAAUUUCACAGGACCCAUUCCGCAAUGCAUGGCCAACAUCUCACAAUUAAAUUAUCUAGACCUCGGUUCAAAUAACUUCAUUGGUGAGAUUCCAUCAUCUCUUUUUGACCUUCAGCAUCUUAUUCACAUAGAUCUUUCAUAUAAUAAUUUUGACGGUGAGAUCCCCAAUUUGUUUGGUAAGUUAAGCAAAUUAGAAGUUUUAGAUCUUUCUAUAAACAACCUAGUGGGCCAAUUGCCACCAUCGUUGUUUGGGCUCACUCAGCUUAGUGAUUUAAGAUUUCCGAAGAAUAAAUUAGUUGGAGCAAUACCAGAGAACAACACUGAACUUUCUAAUUUAGCUUAUCUGGAUUUGUCUGAUAACUCGUUGAACGGAACAAUUCCGUGUUGGUGUUUUUCUUUGUCAUCGUUAACUAAAUUACUCCUUGGUGGGAACCAACUUACCGGGCCAAUUGGUGAAUUCUCUUCCUUUUCAUUGGAAAUUUGUGAUCUCUCUUAUAACAAGCUGCAAGGUACUAUCCCGGAGUCAAUGUCUCUUCUCCAAAAUCUCUCUGAUUUGAGACUAUCAUCAAAUAACCUGAGUGGCACCCUCGAUUUUUAUACAUUUUCAAAUCUUCAAGUGCUAUAUAAUCUUGAUCUUUCUCACAACAAUUUUCUGGCUCUUAGAUUCUUUGAUGAUGGGGAUGAGUCCACCUUUUCCUUCCAAACAUUCCGAAGUCCGCUCAAAUCUAUUAAGUAUUUAGAUCUAUCUUGGAACCAAAUUAGUGGAAGGAUACCAAAAUGGUUUAACGAGAUCGCAAACAAGUCUUUGGAUAAGUUGGACCUUUCACAUAACCUUUUCACAUCAGUUCAUUAUCUCUCGCCCUCACAGGGAAACAUAAACUACAUUGACCUUAGCUUCAACAUGCUUGAAGGAGAUAUCCCCGCUCCCCCACAAGGCAUUGAAUUCUUUUCUGUCUCAAACAACAAAUUCACUGGAGGCUUUUCUUCAGCUUUUUGCAAUGCGACCUUCCUCCAGUUACUCAUUUUGUCUCACAACAAUUUGACAGGUAAGCUUCCACAAUGCCUCGGAACCUUGACAUACCUCUCAGUUUUGGAUGUGCAAAUGAACAACCUUUGUGGAACCAUACCCGCAACCUAUCUUCUGAUACAAUCAUUGCAUACGAUGAAUCUUAAUGACAAUCAACUGGAGGGACCAUUAGAUUGGCCUGGGGCUAAGGUCAUGUGCAAACAAUUGAGAGUUUUUGAUGUUGGACAAAACAACAUAGGCGGUGGAUUUCCAAGUUGGCUACACUCCCUUCCAGAGCUGCAAGUCCUCGUUUUACGCGCCAAUAACUUCAACGGUACUAUCAAUUGUUUGAAAGCCAAGCGCACCUUUCUCCAAUUGAAGAUUUUUGAUGUCUCCAACAACAGCUUUCGUGGCACUUUGCCAACAACAUGCAUAAAAAACUUCAAGGCAAUGAAAGAGGGUGAGAAUGAUGAUUUGGAAUAUGUAGAAGUUCUUCAAAAUUCAUUUAUGUACAACGAUUCUGUUGUGGUCACGGUGAAAAAAAAUGCCAUUCACAUGGAGAGAAUCUUGACCACUUUCACAACUAUUGAUUUGUCGAAUAAUGGAUUUGAAGGAGUGAUUCCAUCAAUCAUUGGAGAGUUAAAGUCACUGAAAGGACUUAACCUUUCCCACAACAAUAUCACUGGUCUUAUUCCACAAACCUUGGGUGGUUUGGAAAAUCUGGAAUGGUUAGACAUCUCCUCAAACAUGCUUAUGGGUGAGAUUCCGAAUGCAUUGACCAACCUUCACUUUCUCUCUGUCUUUAACCUUUCACAAAACCAGCUGGUGGGUAUGAUACCAACAGGUAAACAGUUCAACACAUUUCAGAACGAUUCCUAUCAGGGAAAUCCCGGGCUAUGUGGGUUGCCAUUGUCAAAACCAUGCCACAAGGAUAAAAAGAAGCGGACAGAAUUAGCAACCUUUCAAUCUCAUCAAGAAGAACAAUUUGGGUUUGGUUGGAAAGCCGUAGCUAUAGGAUAUGGUUGUGGAGGGGUAUACGGAAUGGUGUUGGGAUAUUUCACAUUCUUCAUUCGAAAACCAGAAUGGUCAAUCCAUUUGAUCGAAGGCAUUCUUAAUCAAAGAAUGAGAAACAACAGCUACAAAUCCAAUUCAAAUCACAAUAAGGAUCCUUUGAGAAACUAGACUCGGUCCACCCCUUCUAUUGCAGGAUUGUUCUUGCCAGUGACUAAAGGAUCAGAGUGUUCUUCAGUUAUGCAUAAACGUAAUCUUCUUUCUGCCAACUAUCAGUUGUUAGUUAUUGCUCAUUUAUAAUUAGCAACUCGGUUACUAUGUAGUUGAACUUUUUGUAUCAAAUGAGAGGAUCCAAAUUUAAUAAAAAAU